AUGGCCGGGGCUGGCGGCCAGCACCACCCUCCGGGCGCCGCGGGAGGAGCAGCGGCUGUGGCCAGCACCGCGGCUACUCCGGCCCCUGCGGCGGCGGGCCCGGGAGAAGACUCGUCCGACAGCGAAGCGGAGCAGGAAGGACCCCAGAAACUGAUCCGCAAAGUGUCCACCUCGGGGCAGAUCCGGACCAAGACCAGUAUCAAAGAGGGACAACUACUGAAGCAAACCAGUUCUUUCCAAAGGUGGAAAAAGCGAUAUUUCAAACUUCGAGGCCGUACACUUUAUUAUGCAAAGGAUUCAAAGUCUCUCAUAUUUGAUGAAGUUGACCUCUCCGAUGCCAGCGUAGCUGAAGCAAGCACAAAAAAUGCCAACAACAGCUUCACGAUAAUCACUCCAUUUCGAAGGCUGAUGCUUUGCGCUGAGAACAGAAAGGAGAUGGAGGACUGGAUUAGCUCCCUGAAGUCUGUACAGACCAGAGAGUCCUACGAGGUGGCCCAGUUUAAUGUGGAACAUUUCUCAGGGAUGCAUAACUGGUACGCCUGCUCCCACGCCCGCCCCACCUUCUGUAACGUGUGCAGAGAAAGUCUUUCUGGAGUCACCUCCCACGGCCUGUCCUGUGAAGUGUGUAAAUUCAAGGCUCACAAAAGAUGUGCCGUAAGGGCUAUAAAUAACUGUAAAUGGACCACGCUGGCCUCCGUUGGGAAGGACAUCAUCGAGGACGAGGACGGAAUCGCCAUGCCUCACCAGUGGCUGGAAGGCAAUUUGCCCGUGAGCGCCAAGUGUGCUGUCUGCGACAAGACGUGUGGCAGCGUGCUGCGUCUUCAGGACUGGCGAUGUCUUUGGUGUAAAGCAAUGGUACACACUGCCUGCAGAGAGUCCUACCACCUUGUAUGUCCUCUUGGCCAGUGUAAGGUUUCUAUCAUACCUCCAAUUGCACUAAACAGCACUGAUUCUGAUGGUUUCUGUAGAGCGACGUUUUCAUUCUGUGUUAGUCCUCUCUUGGUUUUUGUCAAUUCUAAGAGUGGAGAUAAUCAGGGAGUAAAGUUCCUUCGUCGUUUUAAACAGUUGCUAAAUCCGGCUCAAGUGUUUGAUUUGAUGAAUGGAGGUCCUCAUUUGGGCUUGAGGUUAUUUCAAAAGUUUGACAAUUUCCGGAUUCUCGUAUGUGGAGGAGAUGGAAGUGUAGGUUGGGUUUUGUCAGAAAUUGAUAAGCUCAACCUGAAUAAGCAGUGUCAGCUGGGAGUGUUGCCCUUGGGCACAGGAAAUGACCUGGCUCGAGUGCUUGGCUGGGGAGCUUCAUAUGACGAUGACACCCAACUUCCUCAGAUCCUGGAGAAGCUGGAACGAGCCAGCACAAAAAUGUUGGACAGAUGGAGUAUAAUGACGUAUGAACUCAAGUUGCCACCAAAGGCUUCUCUGCUUCCAGGACCUCCAGAGACGUCUGAAGUGCUCUAUAUGACAAUUUAUGAAGACUCAGUUACAAAUCAUCUUACGAAGAUUGUCAAUGCUGGCGAACAUGCAGUGGUCAUAGCAUCUACCAAGGUACUCUGUGAAACCAUAAGGGAUUUCAUAGCCAAAAUAGAGAAAGCCUGUGACAGGUCCUUGGAAAAUACUGUGGAGACCGAUACGCUGGCGAGCAAAUGUUCAUUGCUGAAAGAGAAGCUGGAAGAACUGCUGCAGGCCUUGCACACAGACUUCCAAGAGGCCCCAGCCUACCCGGAUGUCAGCCCAGUCAUCGUGGAGGAGGAUGCUGUGGAAUCUUCAAGUGAAGAGUCCUUGUGGGAAAGCAAAGAACAGCUUGUGGAUAACAUCACAAAACCUUGCUCCCCCAAAUCUGGCAAACACAGGGAGAUAAUGCUGCGGGCGAACAGUUUAAAGAAAGCAGUGAGGCAAGUCAUUGAAGAAGCUGGAAAAGUUAUCGACGAGCAGACGCUUCAGUCCUGUGAAGUAGUUAACCAGUCAUCUGAUUACGACAGUACAGAAACAGAUGAAUCUAAAGAAGAGCUGAGAGAUUAUGACACAAAAGAGUUUUUAACUGGUAAGACUCUGUGUCGGUCCCCAGAUUCCCGGACAAGUCGUGGCCCUUCCCAACCUGAUUGUGUCCCUGCUCCAGCGGUGGCAGCCAGCAAAGAAAACCUCCCUGUCCUCAACACCCGGAUCAUCUGCCCAGGUUUAAGAGCAGGACUAGCUGCCUCAAUUGCCGGGAGUUCUAUCAUCAACAAAAUGUUACUAGCAAAUGUUGAUCCUUUUGGUGCCACACCAUUUAUUGACCCGGAUCUGGAUUCCCUAGAUGGAUAUACAGAAAAAUGUGUCAUGAACAAUUACUUUGGGAUUGGAUUAGAUGCCAAAAUCUCAUUAGAAUUUAACAAUAAGAGAGAAGAGCACCCGGAAAAAUGCAGGAGCCGAACCAAAAACUUGAUGUGGUAUGGAGUCCUUGGAACCCGGGAGUUGUUACAGAGAUCAUACAAGAACUUAGAACAAAGGGUUCAACUUGAAUGCGAUGGGCAGUACAUCCCCCUCCCCAGUCUACAAGGCAUAGCAGUGUUGAACAUCCCUAGCUAUGCCGGAGGUACCAACUUCUGGGGUGGCACCAAAGAGGACGAUAUAUUUGCUGCACCAUCCUUUGACGACAAGAUCCUGGAAGUCGUUGCGAUAUUUGAUAGCAUGCAAAUGGCGGUCUCGAGGGUCAUCAAACUGCAGCAUCAUCGAAUAGCCCAGUGUCGUACUGUGAAGAUCACUAUAUUUGGUGAUGAGGGAGUCCCCGUACAGGUGGAUGGAGAAGCCUGGGUCCAGCCUCCAGGGAUUAUCAAAAUUGUGCACAAAAACAGAGCUCAGAUGCUAACCAGAGACCGAGCAUUUGAAAACACCCUAAAGUCUUGGGAAGACAAACAGAAGUGUGAUUCUGGUAAACCAGUUCUCCGAACCCAUCUGUACCUCCAGCAUGCUAUUGACUUGGCAACGGAAGAGGUGUCGCAGAUGCAGCUGUGCUCCCAGGCAGCAGAGGAGCUCAUUACUAGGAUAUGUGAUGCAGCCACAAUUCACUGUCUUUUGGAGCAAGAACUGGCCCACGCCGUCAAUGCGUGCUCACAUGCGCUGAACAAAGCCAACCCACGGUGCCCGGAGAGUCUUACCAGAGACACCGCUACUGAAAUAGCCAUCAAUGUGAAGGCACUGUAUAAUGAAACAGAAUCUUUGCUAGUUGGCAGAGUUCCUCUGCAGUUGGAGUCUCCCCACGAAGAGAGGGUGUCCAGUGCCUUGCACUCUGUGGAGGUGGAGUUACAGAAACUGACUGAGAUCCCCUGGCUUUAUUAUAUAUUGCACCCAAAUGAGGAUGAGGAGCCCCCUAUGGAUUGCACCAAAAGGAACAGCAGAAGCACCGUGUUUCGGAUAGUGCCGAAAUUUAAGAAGGACAAGGUUCCGAAGCAGAAGGCCAGUUCCCAGCCUGUUCAGAAAUGGGGCACAGAGGAAGUUGCUGCUUGGCUGGAUCUGCUCAAUUUGGGAGAGUACAAAGAAAUCUUCAUCCGCCAUGACAUCAGAGGGGCUGAACUUUUGCAACUGGAGAGGCGAGAUCUUAAGGACCUGGGGAUACCGAAAGUGGGUCAUAUGAAGCGAAUUCUCCAGGGAAUUAAAGAGCUUGGCAAGAGCGUGCCUCAGUCUGAAGUGUAAUCAUUUUGGUGCUAUUCCUUGGAAGUGAAGUCCUUGCUACACAAUACAAAGUGCAUGGAAGCCGUCGGCUGGUCUCAUAGUUCCCGCAGUUGAUGAGGCAGCACCACUGAAGCAGCUCCAGGGCUUGCUGUUCUCCUGUGGGUAAAAGAUUUUGAUUUGAGGUAUUAGAAAAUAUUUUUGUGCCAAAGCCUACAUUCCACAAAGCCUGUUUGCUCAUUGUGCAAACCUGACAUGUUCACAUAUACUUACUAUAGUGAAAAGAGUAGGAAGAAUCUGAGAAGAUUGUGUUAUCUGAUAAGUGGAAUGAAAUGUUUACUUUCCUCAAAUCUGGUCUGAUAAAAUGUUCUGAUUGUUCAGCUGUGUAACAAUAUGCGGCUAAAACUUCUUGGGUCUCGUUGGAGGCAUUGGCCUCUUCCUUAAAAUCAGGGCUGAGGAGGCGAGAUGAGAAUGAAGUUGAGUUUUAAGUGUUGGAUCGGUGUCACCUUAGUUGGGUUUCCUAGCAUUCCGUGGUCAGAGUGUGGUUAAAACCAUCUCAUACCAUGAUGAAUGCAAAUGUUAAUGCACGAUGUGUCCACCUGAAUUGCCCUUCCUUUUCCUGCAUGUCACAUCUAAUAACACUAUGAUAGCUCUUAUGUCAGCUUCAGUGGAAUCUAAUUUAUUGCUACCCAAGAACCUUUUAGUUGGCUAAGGGCACUGCACUUUUGUGUUUUUUCAUGUGGAAUUUUGCAUAAAUAUUCUAUACCUGAGAUUUUGUGAACCUGUUUCUGUGCUGUAACCAACAAAUGACACAUAUUUUACGCAAGUCACUUGAACUUCAGCCAGUCAUAAACAGCAGACAUGCACAUUAAGAAAACUCCCUGAGUGUGUUUAUAAAAUCACUUGCUUCAUUGCCUAACAAAACUUACUGCCACUUUACAAACCAAAAAAUUCUUAUAUUUGUGUUCCCAUUUUUCCCUUUCACCCUUGUAAUUAUCACGUAUUCUGUUUGAAUUUUUAAUAUAAUAGACUGUUCACAUCCAGGAAUCCUCCAAGGUUUCAACUGCAAUUUGCACAUUGGUUGGUUACCUAACCUUACCCACUUGCUACAGUGACUUCUGACAUAAACUCCCCAACAGACAAUGUUUGUUUUUUUCUUAAGGGCUUCACACUGUUAUCACUGUCUCACUUAAGUCUUAUACCCCAUUUGGUAGAUGCACUUUUCCUUUGUAUAAAUUACUGUAUGUCAAGGUAGCUCAUCAGAAUUCAACUUUACAAUGAUUAAAUUUUGGAAAGCCAAAGGCAAAUGCAUCAGUCAGUCACAAAAAAUCCUCAGAUUGGCUCUCGUUAGCCAUUAUGUACCAAAAAUGGAUUGUAAUAUUUUAAAUGCUCUAUAUAAUAGAACUAAACAGGGUACUGACCCAGUGGUGACAAUUUUAUAUCACAUAGCCAGAUAGGUGCUUGGUAGAUAAAUGUGUACACACACAUAACUCUAUACACAUAUGUGUAUAUACACAUGCAUACACUUAUGUUUAUAUGUAUAUACACGUAUACAUACAUAUGAUCUUGAUAGUUUCAUUGGUAUUUUCUAUAUGAUUAUUUUCCCGAUGUCUAAACAGAAAUAUUAUAGGAGAGUAUUUAAAAUAAGCUUGUCAGACACAUGUAGCUUAAUUAUCUCAAAAGAAUUGAACUGUUUGAUACUUUAUUCUUAUUUAUAACCUGGGUAUUUAUUUACUAUUAAACUAAAAAAAAAUUGAAUAUCUUAAGAAUAAAUGAAUCUGGUGGGUUUCUGGCUCAAUAGGGUGUAUUUUACUUAGACUUGUGGAUAAGUGGAAAAUUUUCAAAAAGUUUAAGGAACGAUGUUAGUUUUACCCACAUUUCUUCAAAGAUACCCUUUCCCAGUUCCUUCUGUUUUUUCCCAUCUACACAGUUUCCUAUUCCUGUAAGUGCAUGUCUGUGGUGGCCAAAUAGCAGGUGCCAGAUUCCCAGAGCACUGUUGAGUUCAUGAUCCCUAUCCAGCUCUGCCAAAAAAAAGAACAGAUGAACAGGGACCCUAGAAUAAGCAAUGUUCUUAACCAAUGUGUUCUUACUGCAGUACUCCUUUGUAAUAGACAAGACUCUUAAACCACCACAUCUUUGAAAUUUAAGACAAUGGUGUAAAUACUUGAAUUAUUUUUGAUGUUUGACAGUCUUUUCCAUCUUAGCUAAUGCCUUUUCUGUAUGGUGUAAAAUCUUAUGAGAAUCUUGAAUUCGAGUUUCCUUACAAAUAACUCUUGGAUGAGAGACGUCUUCUACCAUGGACCGUUGGAGUGUUUUGUUGUGGUUGUUCAAUGAGGGCACUUCUCCCUGGCAGCCUUGUCGGUGAUUUGCACUGAAUCUUCUUUGCCACAGUGACACCCUUAGACCCUUAGCUUCUCAUCACAGAUAGAGGUUACCAAGAAAAAGAAAGAAAAAGAAACCAGCAGGGUCCCCAGCACAGCCCCAGGGCUGCUGUAGUCUGUGAGAAGCCGAGGUGAUGGGCUGUCUGCACCCGUCAGCUGUCACUGAUCGGACAUCAUCACCCAAAAAUCUGCUUUCUUCUCAUUUCAUGUUUAGUAGGAGCUUUUGCUUUUCAAGAAGGAAAGGGCUAGGCUGAGGCCAGAGUACUAGACGUUUUUCUUCUGCAUCUGCAUUCCUUUCUGAUUUCCCUGCAUGUCAAUAUGACGGUGGUGACUCAGAGUCUCGCUGCCAUCUACUGUCGGUUCCCCUCCUGAUUGGGUGCCUCGCUGUAAAAUGACGCCUUUCAUCUCGCCCUUCUUGAAGUAUACAUUCUGGGUCACUUAGCUAAGCAGCAGGAAGAAACAGUGUAAAGAAAAGAGUUUUAUAAUUUGCAUUUUGGAAGAUGAUAUUUGUUCAAUAAGCUAAUAUAUUAGUGCGCGAGGUGAUCUGGACACUGCCGUAUACAUGCUUGUGGCUAAGGAAACAUGGCCUUUGUGCUAUUCACUAGCUACCUGUGGCUAUUUAAACUUUAGGCUCUUUUCAUUAGAGGUUCUGUUUCUGAAUUGCAGUAUCCACCUUUCAAGGACUGAGUAAAACAGGAGUGGACAGUACAGAUGUAGCACUCCAACAUUGUGAAAAUUCUAUUGAACAACACUGGAAUAUGUCAAUGUUGCUCCAAGUGUGUACUCUUUGCACCAAGCUUAUUACAGAAAUACAGAGUUUCAGGUCCACUUCAGACCUACUGAAUCCAAAUCUUCCUUGUCACAAGAUGCCUCAGAAGAUUAGCAUUGGCUUACAUCCGUUGUUAUCCCUCUUGGAUGCUAAGAAUCUGAGUUUUCAAGAGUGACCCAGAAUAGUGUGUUCCUUCACGCAGUAUUCCCGGAUAUUGUCUGGCUAAUCCCAGAAAUGAGCUGAAACCCACCAAUACAUCUUGGAGAGUUUCUUCUCAGUCCUUAUUCCUGAAUCUGGUUCUAGUUGUAUUUUGUAGCUAAAUGGAACUCAGGAGCUUGGCCAACCCCACAGGGGCCUCUCUGCACCCUCACUUUACAACUAAGUCAUUAACAGGCCACAUUUGCUAAGUUGGUUGCUCAUGUGGCAUACUCAUUUUUGCACAACCUAAGUCACAAGGAAUAUUUCAGAAGAACGUUUACUGAGAUAAGUAAAGAUCAGGCCAGUCUCUUACAAGUUGUUCAGUGGAUUAUCCUGCUGACAUAGCUCAGACUUGAAGACACAUGACAGCACAAACACAUUCAGUGAACCACUACAUAUGCAAAAAAAGAGGAAAGAAUCAAACUACUUCAAGUAAAAUAAAUAUGGUAGUUAAAGCAAAGAAGGUUUAUUUUGUCAGAUUUAGGUCUGCUUUUCUUAUGUGAGCUUGAUCUUUUGCAUGAUUAAUAAUUCAUCAUAUUCUUGACCCAAAAAAGUUAGAGAUUAUCUAAUUCUGAAAGUUUUUUUCCCCCAGUGAUUUGUCACUUAAUUUUUACAUUUACUGAAAGUAAAUGAACUAGAGAAACUUUAUCUCGUUCUUUAUGAAUAAAGAGGGCACACUUUAUUCUUCCCAGAAGUUAUCAUUAGGGAUUCCCUGUGUUUAUCACUUCAAAAGUACACUAUAAUUUCUCUGCCGGGGCAGACAACAUGGUGCAGCCUCAUGUUCUGUGGUUAUGACUUCCUCAAGAACAGUUGCUAAGGAGGCUGGGAAGCCAGUACACCUCUUGGGCUUGUCAUCCUGCAUCUCCUCUGUCCCCGUCUCCCUCACUGCGAUGCCCUCGUCCUACGUGUUGUAGCACUAAGUUGGGUGAUGUGAUGGUUCUGAAGUUUGAUAAUGCAAGGGGCAAUUUUCAAGCCACAGAUUCUUCAGCUGAAUGAAAGCUAAGUUGUGAAAAUUCCUCAAAUAGUAACUGUUGGCCAGGGAAUCGUUUCCCAUGGCAGUUCCCACCAUGUGAGGCUGCCAGGCUUUUUGCUGGCCUCUCUCUGGGGCCUGGGAUUUGGGUGUCUGCCCUGGUGGCCCCCAGCCAGUGCCACAGUCUUGGUGUGUAUUCAGUAAACUGAUGCUUUUGCGGUGGGAAGUGAUCCUUAGCUUAUAACCAACAAAGGGAUGAUUAUUGGUUUCCAGAAUAUGCGAAGCAGUUUUUAAAUCCUUCUUAAUGUUUUCUGUUUAUAACUUUUCCCAAACUUUGUUUAGGACAUUUAUGUUUAAAGAAAAAUGCUGCAUGGGUUUAUCACAAAGAACAGAGAGAUCAAAGGCAGCUGGACUGUACUUAUUUGUAUAAUGCUUUUUAUUAUUUUCAGGAAAAGGUUAAUGGAAUAACAUUUAGUUCAGUAACAAUUUUUAAGAUAAACCCCAUAUGAUAUAACUAAAUAUAUUAAUUUUUGUGUAACUAAGAUAUUCUGUCAACAUUAUUUAUUUACUCUCUUCAUUUUUUAUGUACUUCCAAGUUUUAAUUGGAAAAUUAAAAGCCAACCAUUAACAUGUUAUAAAAACUCCACAUAUAUGAGUCAUUUUAGCUUCACAUUAUUUAUUCUAUACAAAUUUAUAGUCUGGGUGUUUCAUAGAAACUGUAUUCCAAGAAUCACUUUAUAGAUGCAUUUAAAUAAAAGAGUUUUCUACCCAGUUGAUAAUGCUAUAAAAGUAGAAAACUGUAGUUAGAUAUAUAAGCUAAAAUGGAAAAAAAAAAUCUCUCAGUGGCCCUUGCUGUUUGAUUGCACUUUGGUUUUCCCAGCAUAGCGGUGUGAGUUUCUGCGUUUUCAGUAUUAAGCUGGUAGACAGCUACUGAUCACUUACAGUUCUGGCAACUGGUAACUAGUGCUGUGAAAGCUUUGGUAUUGUAACAUUCCCUGUUUUGUGAGUUAUAUAUUGUAUAUUAAGAUGAUUAGUAAAUUGGAGUAAUAUAUUUAUCUAGAGUUGGGGAAAUAUGAUAAUUAUUUUGAAAUCUUCAAGUAUCGGACUGUUUUUCUUCUUAAGUGAGAUAAAAGGCUCACUUUAUGUUAAACUAUUUAUACAAAGGCUAUCUCCUUUUACUGGUGUUAUUAAUUUUCAUAUUAAAACUUUUUCUUAUCUUUUUAUACUGAGGUAAUUAUCAUACUGGUUGUUCAAACUGCCAAGGUAUAUCUUAGUUUGUAGGAUUCUUGGCAGGCAAUAUGUUUAAUUAGAAGUAAAUGUAAGCUUUGUGUAUUUUGUGGCUUUAGGGGCAAGAAUCUUCGAAUCUCUCUAUGUGAGGCAGUGCUGUUACCAGCCAAGUCAACAAUAUGCAGUAUUAUCUGUAAUCAUUAGAAGGUUUGCACAAGUUGUAUAAAUCAGCGCAUUUAUUUAUUGUGUUGUCAGGUUUCAUCUUUGUACAGAAUUCAUAUUCUAGCUCGUUUCCUUUCUACUGCUGUUGCUUAGUGGGUAAUAGCUCUGUUAAUGAUGUG